AUGGUUUCCAAGACACUAGUCCUCCUCGGUGCCCUCGUGGCAGCCGUGUCUGCGGUACCACGAUGCAAGCCGGCCACUACUGGUUCUGCCGGUGCACCGGUACCAACCCUCCCCGCCACAGGAGGAGCAACCGAACUACCUCCCCCGGCCGCAAGCCUCUCCCUCAAGCGCAUAGCCGCCGGCCACGGCAUUCAGAACUACACAUGCGCUUCCAGCGACCAGGCCAAGGCAGCGGCCACGGGCGCUCUCGCCGUCCUCUACGACAUCACAUCCCUCUACCCAGGGACGCCCAACACGGGCCUGUCCGCCGAGGCCUUCAACGCCCUCCCGACCACCAUCCUCUGGACCCAACCCCUACCGCUCAACCUCCAGGACCCCAGCGCCGCCUCCGCCGGCACCCCAUCCGACCCCAACAACGCCCUCGCCGAGUCCUCCUACGGCGCCGUGAUCGGCGACCCUUUCCCAAACCCGGCCGCCGACCUCGUCCUGGGCGGCCUGGCCCCGAUCGCCUACCUCGGCCACCACUACUUCGACGCCGCCGGCGCGCCCACCUUCGACCUCCGCGCCGCGGGCGACGGCCUGUUCGGUCGCGUGGCCAAGGCCGACGGCGUCGCCGCCCCGCCCGCCUCGGACGGCGGCGUCCUCGGCACGGGGGCCGUCGACUGGCUCCGUCUGGUCGACGACGGCACGGGGGCCGGCGAGGGCGUCACGGCCGUCUACCGCGUCAUCACCGCCGGCGGACAGGCCGAGCCCUGCUCGCAGAGCGGCGCCGGGAGCGGGAGCGUGCCGUACACGGCCAUGUACUGGUUUUAUGGGUAG